AAAAUCAACAAUGACGGAAAAAUUUGACUUGAGGACAGCAUCCUCUUUAUUGCCAGCUAUUACCAAUGAAGAAGAGUCCGUAUUGCAAUUAAUUGAUGCCAUAGAGUUAUAUACCGAUAUGCUCGAUGAUCAAGGUAAAAAGUCUCUGAUCAAUUAUGUGCUAAAAAUCAAAUUGACUGCAAAUGCUAAAUUGAGGUUACGGAAAGAGUAUCAGAAAGUUGAAGAUUUGGUAAUAGAUAUGAAAAAAACCCUCAUAACUAAAAAGUCACCAACAGCUUUAUCAACUCAACUCCACAAUCUGAAACAAGAGAAUAAGACAAUAGAAGAUUUUGCUAAACUAGUUGAACAGUUGUCUCUCGAUUUAACGAUCGCUCAAGCAGAUAAUGCACCGCGGUCGCAAGUUCACCAAUCAUUCGAAAAACAAUAACAAAGGGUACUCGAAACAGCAAAGAGCAUAUUUUGCCGA